AUGUUCAAUCUGGUGGCCGUCGCCAUUCUCCCUCUUGUCGCCGCUCAGCCGAGCAAUCCGGCAUGUCAAGAUCUUUGCCUUUCGAUACCUGGCUGUGCUGCUGCAGGAGGCUCUUAUUGCAAAGAUUAUCAGUCAAUACCUUUUGUAUGCCAUGGCCUGCACUUCAUCAAGUCGAGAACCUCGGCUAACGCUACCGCAUGCUCGACCUCCGCUACCAAAAACUGCCCGGAAGACUAUCCAGUGCGCUGUGAUGAUAUCUCACCUUUUGGCAGCUUGUUCCCUAUUUUCCCAAUCAGGGCGAGCGCAAACUUGGUUGCCCGAGAAAGUAGGAGUCCGGCUAGAGGCAUUUUCUACUUCGAGCAGGUUGGACAUGCGAGGACCAAGAUCACUUACGACGUGUCUAACCUGGAGCCUGGUUCUCAGCACGGCGUCCACGUCCAUGAGUUCGCAGACUUUUCAAACGGUUGCGCCUCCACCGGUGGUCACUACAACCCCUUCUACAACACUCAUGGUGAUCGCAACUCCAGAGUUAGACACGUUGGAGAUAUGGGUAACAUCAAAGCCGAUAGAAAUGGCAGAGCUAGAGGCUCCUUCUACCACGAUCUGAUUGUGCUCAAUGGUCCAACAUCAUCUCUCAAUCGUGCAGUCGUUCUGCACGCUGGCCAGGACGAUCUGGGACAGGGUGGUAACGCCGGUUCAAAAACAACCGGUAACUCCGGCGCUCGUUUAGCCUGUGGGCCGAUUGCUCUCGACAAGAGUGUGUUUCGCGGCAACUAG